AAUGUCAACGAUAUCCAAAAAGCAGGUCGAUUUCUGCUGGUCAAAUGUUGGAUGCGAAAAGGAAUCGAAUGACAAGAAUUUCGUAUGUAAAAGAGAGAAGGAAUGUAACAGUGGAAUUUGUGUAUGUAAAGAAGGCUAUAUAUUAGACGGAGAUCGCUGCUUCCGUGAAUUAAAGAUUGGAGAAGAUUGCGGAAGAAAUCAUGGAAUGUGCGUUGGGCGUGGUGUCUUUUGUUCUGAUUUAACUAAAAAAUGCGUGUGUUUGGAUGGUACCAAGUCGACAGAUGACAAAAGAAAUUGUGUCCCUAAUGAGGACACGCCCGUUGACGCCAAAUGUUCAAGAUUUUGCACUGAUUUAAACGCCGUUUGCGAAAAAGAUAGUCACAGGUGCCGUUGUAAACUUGGUUAUUCUAAAUCACUAAAAGGAGAUUGCCGUCUGGCCGAAUUUCAGGACAUUUGCAAAUUGGACUAUGAUUGCCGUUUGGGUAUGAAAUGUCUGUUUGGCGAAUGCCAUUGCGAAGACAUAGAUUCUGUUUUUGUUUCUUCGUUGAAUACAUGCGUUCAUAGGAAAGCAUCAGUAGGAAACACCAAUUGUACUGAGCAUACAACAAUGGAGGAUAGUCGAUUAUGUUCAUACGGGUAUAGAUGUUUAGUUUGUCCAUUCCGAUCAACAGGAUAUUGUGUAAAGGAAGCGGUAAAACCUACAAUGGCUGUACCUCAGAAGGAUAUAAGCUCUGGAAAGUAA